AUGUGGGUCAUCAAAGAGGAUGAGAAUGGCUAUGAGUACGAAUGCGCCACCUUGUACAACUACGACUACUUCGGCGGCCGCACGCUGACCGAGAAGCGGCCGAACGUCGCCACGAUCGUCGCGAAAGGUUGCUCGCCGCUGGAGCUGCUCACGCUCUCCCGGGAGGAUUUCCAGAAGCUGGGCUUUCACGAGAAGCUGAAGUUCGCGAGGCGCCCGGCGAUCUACGAGGGGCGGCGCAUGGAGGAGAUUAUCGCCGAGCCCAGGCGCUUGGGCGGUAUUCGGCUGGAGGAAUCCGAGGAGAUGUCUGGAGGCUUGGCCAGUAGCGAGAUCGACUUUAUCGUGAAGGCCAUCAAGAAGAAUCCGAACCUCCGGAACCUCACAGACAAAAGCGACGACGAGGCCAUACGGAAAAUGGCAGCGCGGGCGCGUCGGGUGCAGGUGGGCCCAGAUCUGGAGAUCGCCGUUGCCAACAGCCUUGGGCAUGAGUUCUUCAUCAUCAGCCAGGGAUCUUUUGACCUAUUCUCCAACGUCAGGAAAGGGAAGAUGGAAGUUCAGUCGGCGGAGGCGGUCUACACCAGCACUUCCAUGACUGAGCGCCUGGUUCGAAAGCAGCAGUUCCUCCUCGACAUGCUCAAGGAGAAGAAGGUGGAUGGCACUGCUGGACUCGCUGGACGCAUGUCAAUGCUUCCCACGACGAACCGGCAGAAUCAGAAGCCAGACCGUGGCCAAUGGACCGCCAGCUCCCUGGUGACCAAGAAGGCGGCGCGGCGCCCGGCCGUCGGGGCAGUGGUGAGGAAGGGGACGCGUGCCUCGAGGUGA